AUGAUAAAAAACCGCGGAAAUAGUAUCAGAACGAAAGAUGAGGAUGGAUACACGAGGAGAGCAGGAUGUGUCUGCUUCAGAACUGAUCAGGAAAAAGAGGUUCGACACAUUUGGUUACUUCACAUGGCAGAACACAUGUCUCGACCGGCCGUCAGGCCAGACACUGUAAUGCUGAUGUUUGUUCAUUGUAGGUCCUACUAAUUUCAAGCUCUCGGCAUCCUGGUCGGUGGGUUGUUCCAUCUGGAGGAGUUGAACCUGGCGAAGAACCAAAAGAGGCGGCAGUUCGCGAAGUUGUGGAAGAAGUUAGUGACAGACUUUUUCGUUAAGCUGAGCUGCGUUAAUAAGACAAAGCCUUAUCACACAGGACUGUGUUUGCGUUUGUUUUUUUUUCUUUUAAUUCGUUCAGGUUUCGGCGUUAUUUGUUAACGUUUAGUCUGUUGUUCGAUUGUGGUAUUUCUUAUCUCUAGGCUGGUGUUCGAGGCAAGCUUGGACGUUUUCUGGGCGAGUUUCAGGUGUGAAUAUUCCCUUUGUGGUAAAACAGUCGUAACCAAUGCUUUUGUUUGCCUGGCCCUUUAGAGAAUUGUUGUGUUUAGACUAACCUACCUUUCGCCUUUUAGAAUGAUGCUAACCAAAGUCGGACCGCUGUAUAUGUGCUUAUUGUGACAGAAGAACUAGAAAGAUGGCAGGAAGGUUGGUUCUGUUUAUUAAAAUUCCCGCUGUUUAUAGCGCAAAAGCAUUUACGACUCAAGUUGAAAGUCGUCGAACCAGUAAAGUUCAAUACAAUAUUCUAGUGUUUUUAAAGCAACAUAAGAAAUAUAAGCCUUAUAUUACCUGUUAUCUUUUUCUUUCUUCGGAAUAUUCUUAUCCACUCAUUUUGAAGCUUUUCUUAAGAAUUCAAACGCAAACGGGAACUUGCCAAGCGGUACGCAACACUGAGAUACAUCGUUUCUUGCUUUGCUCACGUGUAUAUAUAGUGCUCGCUCUUUUGAGAUCUAGCUUUCAGUACAAAGUACAACACAUCUAUAUGUAUAUAUUAUAGCCAGUUUGUAGCAGCGAAAUGUUAUAUGCGACUUUGUAGAAUACGCUAUGUCCAUCGACACAAGGUACGAGCUGUGCUGUUUUCGAGCAUUUAUAGCUAAAAUGGGGACGAAUAUUUAACUAUUUACAAUGACAAAACUACUCUCGUCGUAAAAUACACUGUAUCUUUAGCGUUUCUGUGUAUUCCUUCAGCGCGUAGAGAACGAAUAUUGAUUCACUGCCAGAUUGACCUGAGGUCAUCCUUAAGAGAAAACUGUAUAAUGUUUAGAGUAAUCAAGGAAGACAUAAUGCAUUAUUGAUGAGCUAAACCAGCCUUCGUUCCGUUAAACGAUAGAAAUAAAGCUUAAUACUUUUACCGGUUCUAGAAUAGUAAUUAUUGGAAGUGUAACAGGUCAUCUGGUACUGUCUUGUGUCCUCGCCACUGUUUAUUUUAUCAGUAUUCGAUUGUAUUGUUUUUCAUAUAGAAUGUCCAGUUAUGACUAUUAAUUAUGUGUACACUGCCAGUGUUAAUCUGUUCAGUUCAAUUUUAGUCCUCUGUAGAUUUGGUGUCAUUUGUUUUCUAAUUUGUAAGUCCUUCAUGAAAAUAAAAAAAAAUUGUAGUCAAGAUCUGAAGCAAAAUCAUUAUAUGUGCCUUCCCUCUCAUAUGUGAGUCUCAUGCCUACAGACUAAUGCACCUAUCAAUGUAAACCCCGUGGGGGGGGAGUGCGGGCAAGGGGUGGGGAUUUGACAAAUUUUAAAAUUUUUUGAUCAAAUUCCCCAGGGUGGGAAACGAAAGGUCAACCAAAAGUGUCAAAAAAGCCCCCACCCCAGGGGAAAAAAUCUAAACAAACAAUGCUAUAAUACUAUAUAAACCGAAUAAAAGAACAUUUCAAACACGUUUUUACUACUUUUAUUUACGGUUAACGGAAGCUCCAUUAACUUACUCGCUGUAAUUAAGUAUUUUCUCUCUCCACUAGCAUCUCUUAUCUUGAACAACAAAAUAACUCCAGGAAGAUUGACCGUGCUAUAUAAUAUUCAUAAAACGUAAAAUGCUUUAUAACAUCUGCUCAACAUGUCAGAACAGGUCGGAUCAGUGACCCAUAAAAAAUCCUCUGACUUUCAUCGUGGAAUUCGAUUUCAAUCGAGUUUUACAAUCAGAUGGGAACUUGAAGAUAAAAACUUCCUCAAAAUAGACAUUAUCUGUUUAGAUGACAGUUUAAAGUAUCGGAUUAUGGCGAUUAAAACAAAUGAAAACUUCAUACCUUUCUCCAACAACGUGACUUUCAGGAAGCCUCGAGGGACGGACUUGGUAACUACUUCUGAAUUGAUACCAGGCUUCUGUCGGUCAAAGUCAAAUGUCCCGACCCCGGGGUCGCUUCACACGAUCAAAAGCCCAACAGCGGGGAUAGUCCCAGGCAUCAAAUCCCCUCCCCUUGCCCGCACUCCCCCCCCCCCACGGGAUUUACAUUGAUAGGUGCAUAAAGACAUUGAUUUCACACAUCAAAGACAAUUUCUCAGGCCUGAUUAUAAAAUCCGGAGGAAUUAGUCUUUAACAAAUGAUUAACAAUGAAAACUUAACUCAAUUUCAAUCCCCAAAAAUAUUCCAAAAUGUUGACUAUUCCAAAAUGUUGUUCCUCAAUGUUGACUUUGUAUUUUUUUAUUGUAUCACAAAAUGUUAAAAUUGUUGCCUUUUAAUUAGCUUUGGAAAUGUUAAAAGGUCUUCGGAAGGUUUUAGGACAUUUUCAAUACGGUGGGCAGUCUAUGGAAAAUCUUAGGAAACCUUUAGAAGUUGCCUGGACAUUUUUGGAAAUACCAGUCAUGACAAGGCAAUAACCUCAAGCGUUUGAUGUAGAAAAAGUUGGCAGGUGUACAAAAUUAUGGAAUGAGACAUUGCUCACGAUAACACCUGCCAGAUAUAGCACCGUUCAAGUAUGUGUUUCAGGGUGUUAAUUUAGCAUUGAAGAGAUCGGAAAAUUGUUGGUUUACGAUGCAGAAUUCUUUAACUAACGUUUGGUAGCUAAUACCCUGCGAGCAGAGGCUACAUUUUCGCUGUGUGAGCUGUCAUGCGAAAAGUAGCCUCUGCUGACAACCAUUCAAAUCCGUCCAGAAAUCUGGACAAAUAGAAACGGGUUUUUUCCUGUUCUUGACCGGUUUAAAGCAUUGCGUGAGUCUUGCGUAGCAGAUCAGAGUGGUUGCAAUUUUUUGUUCCCGCAAAACUUGCUCCAUUUGAUGACAGACCUGACAAUUAAUUUUGCUUGCAAAUCGCGUGACGAAUUUUGCGCAUGCAUGAUAGAAAAUUGAACGGUUUUCACCAGAGGCUACUUUUCGCACACCAGCUCACACAGCGAAAAUGUAGCCUCUGCUUGCAGGUUAGGUAGCUAAUGACUAUUUUUUAUUUAGACGUGGAGCCACUUUCAAAAUAUUCUCCUGUAACGUUACACCUUUCUCCUUUGUUAAAAAGUUUAUUUCAAAUAGCAAAUACACAGCUACAAAAUAAAUUGAAAAUGAAAUGAAAGAAAAACAGCUAAUAAUAAUACAAUACAUAUCUGUCUGAAUUCAUAAAACAUGGCCACUAGGUUUUUGCGUGGUGCCGGGCACAGUCUGGCACCAGGCCAGUGCAAUCUCGAAAAAUGUAGGGGCUUCGGCAUCUUGGUCAGCUCAGGUGGAUAGCCCAGGGACUGCCCUAACAGUGGGUGGGUGGAUCAGGCAUGGGGGGCAAAACUAGUGGGGUAGGGAGGGGGCUAUUUUGACACAACCCCUUCAGUGAGGAGAAAUUUUUACUAGAGGCUUUGACUGGCAAGUACCUUGUGUUUACUUUGCCCUAGCCAGCUGUAUCAGGCUUUAAUCGCUGACAUUAAUUGUCAAGAUAACUGCAGAACUCAGGGGGAGGCACAGACAGUUACCCAGUGUUCUGGGUGGGGAGUGUGAAAUUCUUGGUACCAAGGACAUACUUAGCUGAGGACCUUUAGACACUCACUGAAGCCAUGUUAACAUAAAUUCAGUCAGAUUUACAAUGACACUAUUUUAUAUUUAUUUUCACAAUUGGCUGAGAAAUAAAAGUAACGUAAAAGCAAAUAAAAGAAAAAAAGGAAAGAGACUAAAAAAAGAAGAUGCUAACCUAAAAAGUGAAACAGUACUAGCUUAAUAGAGUAUGUAUCAAGGGAGUUACACUAGCAUUCACUAAUUAAGAAGUUUGGCCCAUGUUGUUUCGAAUUGCCCUGGGCAUUAAGAUCUAAAAGCUAUGAGUCAGAGAAUAUUUUAUUAUAUUUAAAAGGCGCAGUAGAAAACUGUCAAAGUCCAGAAUGCUGCCGCGUAAACUUGUUGCAAAAACAUGAUAUCUGGGGACAAUCAAACAGUAGUUAAGAACUUCCCAGUUAUUUGACUUUUUGUGCCAACCGUAAAAAGUAGUACUUUCAGCAAAUUCAGUUUUUGAUUAAAUUUUUCUUGCCACCAGUUACAAAAACAGUUAUCAUUAUUCCUACAGUAUUGUAGUACUUUUAUUUUUCAUAUGAUGGUGAUGGUAAUGAUAUUGAUCUAGUAUCCUUUUGCUUUAUCAAGUAAGACUUGAUACCAAAAUUUUUGCUCAUAAAGCCAGGUGUUCUUGUAUUUCAAGAAGAAAAAGAACCCAGAUGUAGCACCGCAGUGACAAUCAUGGCAAAUGUCUAACAAAAUUAUUAAUGUUUUGGCUUUACUAUUUUUUUCUCAGAUGUGGGCCGCAUUAGGUCAUGGUUUUCAGUAGAUGAAGCAAAAAUUAUGUUAUCGGAAAAGCCAUAUCAGCGAGAGUAUCUGUUAAAAGCUUGCAGUGGAAGGUGACAUCACAGGCUGGUCUUCUUUAAUUGACCUGGUUGAAUUUGGCCGAAGAUUUCCUUCUAUAUAAUAAUUAUUAUAACAGUAAUCCAAUAAUUUAAUUAGUAAGAACAUAAUAUUUUUUUCUUGUUACAUGUUAGAGGCAAAGAGUUGUAUAUUUAUAUAUUUCUUAGCUGGGGUAGGGAAAGAGAUCAUCCUUGAUCUGUUUAACAAUUAUUUCUCGAGCCCGAAUGGGCUAUUGACUCAGACACCAUGAGGGCGAGAGGAAUAAUUGUUUUAGUAAAAUCCAACUAGUUGGUAAAAAAUAUUGAGACAAAACAACUUAAGGUAGCAAAACGUGAUUCAGCUGCCAUUGUUUUGGUUUUCAAAGCUGGCGCUUAUUGCUACUAGUGGGUUAUAACAUAUAGCCUCGUAGUAGCUCAACCAAUCAGAAUGCAGCAUUGAUAAUAGACCACUAGUUGGAUUUUACUAAAACUUAAUAUACCCAUUCCUAUACUAGGAUAUGUGCUUUCAAGUCCUUAUUGUAAGUGUUUUAUAUUUUAUUGUCAGUACUGAAUAUGUUUUCGUAUCCGAGUCUUUUUAUGCCUUGAGAGGGAUUUGAUAAAUGAGUCCAAGUCAAGGCUAGUCGGCAGUGAAAGGUCAGCUAUAAAUUAAUAACUGUAGACUGUAAAUUACCCUUUGUUGACACCUGAUGCAUACAGUAUUUGAAACUCAAAAUUAUAAUUUAUAGAUCACUAAAAUAAAAGUAAAUGUACAUGUAUUUUCGGGAAGUAGAUAAUGUGACUGCAGUGUGAAAAAACUUUCUCAUAGUUAUUUGUUCUUCUCAUAUAUUUGAUCAAAACAACCCAGAAGCUAACUAAGCUUUCUCUAACACAAACACCUCGUGGGCUUGUGGGUUUAUUUUUAUUUUAGAUACUUGUGGGUGUGUUGAAACAAGGCUGUGCUGUAAGAAAAAUUGAAGGGAGCCUGUAGCCUGCGAAAACAUCCGUUUCUCCUCGCUCUUCGCCGCUGGGGACGUUUCGCGAGGAGGAACGUCUGCGACUCAGUGACAGAAAUUCCAUACUGAUGACGUAAAAUCUGUCCGGAAUCCAGUCAGAAGAGCUGAUUGGUCGACGGAGUAGUUACAUUGUUUUAGCUAUUUUUUACGAAUGACAGACAAAAGACAAAAGGCCUCAAAGGUCAAAUGUAAACACGAAGAAUCUCUGACAAAACAGUCUUUAUUUCUGGAAUAUAGUCUUCUCUAGAUUUUGCUGGUGCUCGUUGGCCGGAUGAACACAACACUUCACUAAAAUCGACCAGAAGACACGCAAAAUUGGACAAAUUUAUAUUUGGAACCCCAUGACUACCGGAUUCAUUAUGUAAACAUUGAUUUGCGUCAUCAGUAUGGAAUUUCUGUUGCUGAGUCGCAGACGUUCCUCCUCGCGAAACGUCCUCAGUUGCGAAGAGCGAGGAGAAACGGAUAUUUUCGCAGGCUAGGGAGCCUGUUGCUCUGAACCUGUAAACUCUAGGGUGUCCAGAUUAUGAUUUGUACAAAAAAGCUUAGAUUUCCUAGUCGCCAAGGGCAAAGGUUAGGUGCCAGGGGCUACUGGGCUGUGCUAUAGCAUAGCCUUGUGAAAAAUUCCAAAAGUAACCAUGAAUCUCAAAAAUGUUGUCAGUGGUCAAAGAAAUUCUUUAAAUAUUAUGGUUAUAUUUACAAGUAUGAGAAAACUGUCAGACCAGGAAGCUGAUCUUAUUGUAAUGUCACUAAUGUACUAUAAACUUACUGAACAUUAUUCAAAUUAAACUUUUUUAAAGUUUAUUUGAAAAGUUCCAAGCGUUUGAAAUCUGUAAUUUGGUUCCAAUUGCUAACAUAGCUUUCUUAACAUGUAAAAGCAUUUUCAACAUAAAAGCUCAAAUUCUAUAACUCUUGCACAAUAGUAUAAUAUUAUUACUAGUAUUAUUAUUUAAUAUAGUGUUAUUAAUGCUAAGAUUUUGAUUUGAGCAUGUACAAAUUUCUAAAACAUGCAUUUGCAUGGAUGCAAAAAGGGGCAGCCAUUUGCCACUGAUCACUGCAGAUCACAGCAAACAAAGUGACUUUCUCCUAAUUUGAUGUCACAUCAUGAAAAUUAACUUUGUUACUCUGAUCUAGACAGAGUAAUGUUGUUCUUUUGCUGCAAUGAUGUCUUGGUUUCUGAAUCCUGAAAAUUUUAGCCCUGCCUAGUUUCUCAAGUUUGUCUUGCUCACAUUAACCUCCCUCACCUCAAACAAUCUUUACUCCUUUAUCAAAAUGCUAUUUUUUUCAUGUUUUGUGCUGUAAUUGCCAAACUUGCAAUUUUGUAUUUCACAAAAUGGUAACAUUGCUUCAAAGCAGCUGUUUAUUUCCAGAACCAUAAAUUGCUUGUCAAGCACAAUACCCCAUCGAAAAUUUCAUUAUUCUUUUGUAAGCAAUGGCAACAAGCAAUCUUAACUUUUUGAUUCAUUUAACAUAAGUAGCACUUGCCUGUGUAACUACAUAUCAUAGCAGCAUUAAAUCCCUUUUAUGAAGGAAAACAAAAAUGUUUUUGGUAUAGACAUGGCUGAAGAAUACAUCUACAGCACAAACCCUACAGCAUUGCUUUCAAAUAGAUAUUACAUCACGCUUGUGCUUUGCUUUGGGUGAUAAGUAUUUUAUUGCCCUUCCAGGAUAUAACCAGGCAAAUCAAAGCAUAAAAAUGUCUCUAAGUAAUAUUUUUUGUUGGUCUGUUAAAAGGUUUUACCUUGUGCAUUACAUAUUAAUCUAUAAGCUACUUAGCUAUACUUUCCUAUAAGCUGUUUCUUUAAAUGCUGUACAAGGGAGGCAGGUUGUUCCUUAGCAGCGUGCAAAGAAAGUCGUGUCCGAUAGCCUGGGGCUCGUGGAUUUUGCUAUCUGGCUAGUGAUUUUUGUUUUUAACUUGCCAGACAUGCAAGAGCCGUUUUUUGGGGAAAUUCAAAUUACAGAAGGAUUUUAAUUAAUCCAGCUAAUCAAAAAGGGUUUUGGGGCUAGUUGAAAUGACUUGUGGGCUAGUACAUGCUAGGUACAGCUUGCCCGAAUGGUAGGCAGUAAAACUGACUUUCUUUGCACCCUGCUUAGAAAGGUCUGAAAUCCUAAAAUGCAAACAUUUAUUUUUAGUAGCUAUUGAGCCUUCUUUUCAUUCUGUCUGGGCUUAAAUAUGAUUUUCUAAUUAUUGCAAUAACUUUACACCAGAAAUAAUGUCCUGCCAACUUGACCUUUAAACUCAAAUGUAAAUAGUUAAAAUUACAUCAAGGCACAUAUUCUCUUCACCUCUCUUCAUACAUUUUUCAUGGCACAAGUGUGGAGAAUUUGUGUAAACAACAAGCUGGUUUAUGAUUGUUACCUGCUACUGUUAAAUGAAGAAGCAACAUAGAAAGGGAAGUAGUCAAAGUAUUGUACACAGACAGGCACCAUCACUGCUCAGCCCAUAGCCUGGACUCACUGGUGGUGUUUCUGUGUGCAUCCUUGCUCUGCUUAAACAUAUAGCAUCUCCUCUGCAUACCACCACCCCUGGUUUAUUAGCAGUAGAAACCUUGGUGCAGUUUUUCUGAUAGAUGUUGGAACGUACAGAACAUUUUAGUUGUAAAUGAAUUUUUUGAAAGUUUUUGUGCACAAAUUGUCUUGUCUUUAUGUUAUCGGAAAAGCCAUAUCAGCGAGAGUAUCUGUUAAAAGCUUGCAGUGGAAGGUGACAUCACAGGCUGGUCUUCUUUAAUUGACCUGGUUGAAUUUGGCCGAAGAUUUCCUUCUAUAUAAUAAUUAUUAUAACAGUAAUCCAAUAAUUUAAUUAGUAAGAACAUAAUAUUUUUUUCUUGUUACAUGUUAGAGGCAAAGAGUUGUAUAUUUAUAUAUUUCUUAGCUGGGGUAGGGAAAGAGAUCAUCCUUGAUCUGUUUAACAAUUAUUUCUCGAGCCCGAAUGGGCUAUUGACUCAGACACCAUGAGGGCGAGAGGAAUAAUUGUUUUAGUAAAAUCCAACUAGUUGGUAAAAAAUAUUGAGACAAAACAACUUAAGGUAGCAAAACGUGAUUCAGCUGCCAUUGUUUUGGUUUUCAAAGCUGGCGCUUAUUGCUACUAGUGGGUUAUAACAUAUAGCCUCGUAGUAGCUCAACCAAUCAGAAUGCAGCAUUGAUAAUAGACCACUAGUUGGAUUUUACUAAAACUUAAUAUACCCAUUCCUAUACUAGGAUAUGUGCUUUCAAGUCCUUAUUGUAAGUGUUUUAUAUUUUAUUGUCAGUACUGAAUAUGUUUUCGUAUCCGAGUCUUUUUAUGCCUUGAGAGGGAUUUGAUAAAUGAGUCCAAGUCAAGGCUAGUCGGCAGUGAAAGGUCAGCUAUAAAUUAAUAACUGUAGACUGUAAAUUACCCUUUGUUGACACCUGAUGCAUACAGUAUUUGAAACUCAAAAUUAUAAUUUAUAGAUCACUAAAAUAAAAGUAAAUGUACAUGUAUUUUCGGGAAGUAGAUAAUGUGACUGCAGUGUGAAAAAACUUUCUCAUAGUUAUUUGUUCUUCUCAUAUAUUUGAUCAAAACAACCCAGAAGCUAACUAAGCUUUCUCUAACACAAACACCUCGUGGGCUUGUGGGUUUAUUUUUAUUUUAGAUACUUGUGGGUGUGUUGAAACAAGGCUGUGCUGUAAGAAAAAUUGAAGGGAGCCUGUAGCCUGCGAAAACAUCCGUUUCUCCUCGCUCUUCGCCGCUGGGGACGUUUCGCGAGGAGGAACGUCUGCGACUCAGUGACAGAAAUUCCAUACUGAUGACGUAAAAUCUGUCCGGAAUCCAGUCAGAAGAGCUGAUUGGUCGACGGAGUAGUUACAUUGUUUUAGCUAUUUUUUACGAAUGACAGACAAAAGACAAAAGGCCUCAAAGGUCAAAUGUAAACACGAAGAAUCUCUGACAAAACAGUCUUUAUUUCUGGAAUAUAGUCUUCUCUAGAUUUUGCUGGUGCUCGUUGGCCGGAUGAACACAACACUUCACUAAAAUCGACCAGAAGACACGCAAAAUUGGACAAAUUUAUAUUUGGAACCCCAUGACUACCGGAUUCAUUAUGUAAACAUUGAUUUGCGUCAUCAGUAUGGAAUUUCUGUUGCUGAGUCGCAGACGUUCCUCCUCGCGAAACGUCCUCAGUUGCGAAGAGCGAGGAGAAACGGAUAUUUUCGCAGGCUAGGGAGCCUGUUGCUCUGAACCUGUAAACUCUAGGGUGUCCAGAUUAUGAUUUGUACAAAAAAGCUUAGAUUUCCUAGUCGCCAAGGGCAAAGGUUAGGUGCCAGGGGCUACUGGGCUGUGCUAUAGCAUAGCCUUGUGAAAAAUUCCAAAAGUAACCAUGAAUCUCAAAAAUGUUGUCAGUGGUCAAAGAAAUUCUUUAAAUAUUAUGGUUAUAUUUACAAGUAUGAGAAAACUGUCAGACCAGGAAGCUGAUCUUAUUGUAAUGUCACUAAUGUACUAUAAACUUACUGAACAUUAUUCAAAUUAAACUUUUUUAAAGUUUAUUUGAAAAGUUCCAAGCGUUUGAAAUCUGUAAUUUGGUUCCAAUUGCUAACAUAGCUUUCUUAACAUGUAAAAGCAUUUUCAACAUAAAAGCUCAAAUUCUAUAACUCUUGCACAAUAGUAUAAUAUUAUUACUAGUAUUAUUAUUUAAUAUAGUGUUAUUAAUGCUAAGAUUUUGAUUUGAGCAUGUACAAAUUUCUAAAACAUGCAUUUGCAUGGAUGCAAAAAGGGGCAGCCAUUUGCCACUGAUCACUGCAGAUCACAGCAAACAAAGUGACUUUCUCCUAAUUUGAUGUCACAUCAUGAAAAUUAACUUUGUUACUCUGAUCUAGACAGAGUAAUGUUGUUCUUUUGCUGCAAUGAUUUUAGUUGUAAAUGAAUUUUUUGAAAGUUUUUGUGCACAAAUUGUCUUGUCCACUUCCCUAAAGAUAAAUUUCUUUUGGUGACUGCUUGAGCUCAAGUGAAGGAUUAGCAUGGACUCCUUAGGGACAGCCAUUUGAUAUUUCUUGGGGGUGGGGCUUGGUGAUUUGAUUUUGGGAACAAUUUUUCCCAAGCUUAUUUCUCUGGGCCGAGUUGUUCAAAGCUGGGUUAAGAUAACCCAGGGUUAGUUCGAAAUUUGAAUUCAGAUAUGAAAGCUUAAAGAGCAAAUUCAGUUUAAUUCUUUUUGUCAACAAUUUGAUGAUUGGCUACUCUAAAAAGAAUAGAGAAAAUUGUCCGAGAAAAUGCUUUUGAUGAAAAGAAAAAGAGACUCGGGUUAAAAUUUAACCCUGGGUUAGCGCUAAUCGACCUUCGAACAACUGGGCCCUGAUUGUCUGUUUUCUUAUUUUUUGUUUAGUGUAAGUAUAAGUAACUCUAAUUCAAUAUUUUUUCAAUCGCAUUCUCUUUGUAAGAAAAUUUUUCCCAAAUCAAAUGUUUCUUGGUUAAAGAGAAGAAGUUAUUUAUUGACUUGAGUCAACCAAUGAUUGAAAUGAUCUUAUGACUAAUGAUUUAUAUGAUAAUGAAUAUAAUGCAAUGUAUAUAGAAAGAAUUGCCUCGCGAUAGUCACUUUGUUAUUUAUCUUGAUCAACAAAGUCUAUCACACAUAUAUAGCUUGAUGAUUUCAUACUAUGUUGUAAAUUGGGUUAAGAAUAGCAGACGAUGAGAUUAAAUUAGGUGUAAGUUCAUAUUUAUUGUGAUGUGUGUUGUUCAUCAUCUAAACCAGAUUGAGAUGAAAUAAACAGAGUGAGAGAGUCAAGUUUUGGUUUUGUUUUUGCUUUUUUCUCUUCUAAAUAAUUAUAUCUUUUGGAACGGUUGGUCCACAAGUCAGUAUCCGGAUUUAACUUUUAAGCCUUGCAAGGUCUUUCCAUUUAUAAACCUAACCUUUCUCAAUUAUGGAUAUCAACCAGUUUCUUACAUAUGAAAAUAAGAGACUGCUCGCACUCUAGUGAAGAAUCCCUUACCCUCUAUCAAUCAGUCAAUCAACAGGGACUGAUCUAGGGGAAGGGGGCUGGGGGUGCCCAAACCACCCCACCCCCAAACCAAUUUCUACAUAUUAAAAUAAGACACUGCUGGUAGUCUAGUGAAGAGUCCCUUGCCCUCUAACAAUCAAUCAAUCAACAGGGGCUGAUCUAGGGGAAGGGGGCUUAAGAUGACCUCUGGCUUUCUAAUACAGUAAUACAUAAUCUGCUGUUUGUUUGAUAUGUAUUCUCGGCAGUUCACAUUCCGUUAUUUCCUAGUCAAUGUUUACGUCACCAAUCAGUUAUGCCAUUCCUUAGUAGUGCAUCCCCUCUUAAGAAAAAUCCAAUUGUCUCCAUGCGCUCGCGAUUCUCCCAACCUCGCAGUUUGUGCGCAUGGGUUAAGCCAUUUUUUAUGACGAAAAGCGAAGAGAAAAGACGGAAAGAGUGGAUGACAGAGUGGCGGAGACCGUGAUUAGAAGCGACGAGCCUCUCCCUGACGUAUUUGUUCUUUUUUUGUUUUGUUUUGUUUUUUUUUUCAUUCACACUUUCUAACAUUCCCAAGUGAGCUCGUAACUAAGAUAGUAGAAUCUUCGGGGCAUAUUUAAAUAAAGCUAUAUCAUCGUGCACAGCUAUUUCUAAGGGCCUGAUUACAUGGAGGUGGGGGACCCCAGGGUAGGUGAGGUAAUCGGCUUAGGUGGGGUAAAAGAAUAACCCUCCUUUACAUGCAAUCUUAAAACCCCGUCAUCCCCGGGUGCACUUUCUCAAGAUUAUUGAAUGGUCGCUAAGCACGUAACAAGAAAAAUGCUGGCAAACCACGUGUUUUGAACAUUAGUGCUCUUCUACACUCACUUGCUGCUCUUACUGCAACCUUCAGUGCUGUAGCUUUCUAAAAAUGAUGGAAAGCCCCCGCCAAAGUGAAUUUUACGCGAAGUUGAUGUAUCACGAAUCCUACUCUGACAUAGGCCGGUUACCCCGCCUUGAAACGUUUACAUGCCAAAAUUAGACCCCGGCUGGGAGGGUACCCGGUCCGGCAGACCGGGCUACCGGCCUUGGCGGGUCAGCCCACCUAUGACGUAAACGCGAUCAAAUUAUUAUGACAGAUUAUGUGGACCGGCGGGUUACCCCACCUAAGCCGGUUACCUCACCUACCUGGGGUCCCCCACCUCCAUAUAAACAGGCCCUAACUCAAUGCUGUACCCAAUUCAAACCAUUUGGAAAUAAAACGUUUUGUUUCAGGAAUUUCCAUAUCAUUUAAAUGCCAUAUUAUAAUGCAAAUACAAUACACAAACAAUCUUAACCCCGGGAGAUUUGCAUUGGGUACAACAUUGAGUUGGCUUAAUAGGUCUAUUUGUAGUGUUGUGACUUGACCUUAUAUUUAGCAGAUUUGUUCCAGUCUAUCUCGCUGUUAUUCCGCAUCGUUUUUACACGAAAAAUACAACAGUUUGAGUAGAGAAAUGUGAUAAAUGUGAAUCACUUUUCAAUGUUUAGCGAUCCCAUAAUACAUUGCGUAGCCUGAGAACAAUCUUAAAACUAAAAACGAAGGAGGACUGGGGAAAUUCAUGCAAACACAUUUGUCGCCAAAAAGAAUCGAUCCUGACUGAUUAUCAUUCCUUUCAAGAUUUAUUUGGAGCGUUUUCCCAUUUUAAAGCUAUUCAUUUUUAGUUUUCUCUCUCUCUAUAACAGUCGCAAAAGUUUAUCAAUGACUACUUUAAUGCUGCUCAUCCGGGAAAUCAUGGACCAGACCAUGUCGACCAUAAUGGAGGUAUAAAGCUGAAGCAAACUAUUAGAAGCACGUGUGGCGCGGCAUCAACAAGAAUUGUGCGAGAAAUUUACUCCUAACAGGUGUAGCAUUGUUCAGGGGCACCCAACGUCAAUUUUCGGAAAAUAUCUGUUCGGAAGACGAUUUGAGAUCUAGAAUUUUCGGAACAUUUGUCGUAAAAUUUCUUGCUUGCCUUUUCGAACAUCUAAAAAAUGGUAUAAUUGCCAAUUUUUAACGGAUUUUUACCCUAAAAAAGUCACCUAGAAUUUUCGGGAGCCUUUUUUCUGGCUGAAAUUUUCGAAAAGGUAAGUUUUGAUCCCUAUCAUUUUCGGAUCACAAGACUUUCAGCUAGGAAAUCCGAAAAGAUGAAACAUUUUUAGGGGAUAAAAAUAUGCCUAUUUCUACCGUUUAAAUACUAAAAUACGUUUAACAAUAUAUUCUCAUGGGGUGACCCUAAUUGUUUUCAAUGACAAACCAAUUCCCAUCAUGGCUCUUGGACAAACUGAUUACAGAUAUUCAAAACAACUGAAAAUAUAUAAAUAAACGUUGACUACAAUUUUAUUGUUUGUUCUUUACCCUUGCUCAUGAUCGAAAUGAAGGAAACACUCACAAUCAUACACACGCCGCAAUUCUUCCAACCGAUGCUUUUAAACUCCAAAUUUCUGCACAAAAAGGUGCGCUUCAAGUGGUCCUUUUUCUUGAGUGACAAGGAAAAAAAUAAAAGCGCGCGAUAAUAGAGCUUAUCUUUCAUUUCUAACAUACAAAUGUUUUGCUAAUUAAAUUAUUCGUUUAGCAUUUGAACCAAACAUCUUAUUUGAAUUUCGUGUGAAUCAUUCAGCGCUUUGGAAGUUUAUUUAUGGGAGGGGGGGGAACCUCUCCCGUGUGUUUGUAAACAUUCCAGUACCAGCUCAAAGAAGAACGUUUUAAAAGCUUUUUUGAUAUCACGUUCUAUCGUAAACAAGCCUGUAAAAAGAUGUAUCAAAGCCUGCCAAAAGAUGUAUUAAAGGAAACCAAAAACGUUAUUUUGUACGAAUAUGGAUCCGUGUGCGCACUUGCCAAAAUGGUCACGCUACGCCCCUUGAUAACUCCUUUAAUGUUGUUGUUCAAGUGAAGGGAUUUAGGCUCUAGCAAUAAAUGGUAGCCGCGUCGAGUGUUGAUAAGAACUGUUUAAUUAAGUGACAAGACCGGUUUCAGGGAUCUAAGAUGGUUUCCUCCUUCAGUUGCUUUAAAAGUUAGCGCGUGUGUGGUUGUGAGCAGAAGAAAGUGACUUUGUGGCUGAAUAUGUCCCUUUAUAUAGGUAAAAAAGGGACGCGCUGUUAGAGAAAGUAACAAAUUUCAAGUUUUUAGGAUUUCUAUCCCGUUACUGAAGUUAAGCUUGAAUUUGCGUGAUCUUUUGUUAGCGGUAUAAGCAAUAGACCCUAAAUGAACGCAUGCCGUAAAUUUGCCUUAGGAUGAUUGUUAAAACUGGAUGGCUUUUACUAAGCAAGCCCUUCGAAAAUGCAUCUAAAAAGUCAACAAUAAAGGCGAGUCUAAUUUUGAUUUUAAGAGACUCUGCAGUUAUUGGAGUGAAGUUCAUACGGUGGUAGUGUAGUUUUUACUGUUUUUAAGUCAAAGUGUAAUUGUCACGCGACCUUAACCGUGUAUAACUACUUUAAAAGUGUUGUUGUUCACUUUGAAGGGAUUUAGGCUCAGGUAUCAAUAAAUGGUAGCCCUUUUAGUAUUUUAGUAUUCGAUGCAUCGAAAAUAUCAUGGGGCCCGUGAUCGUGAAAAGGGAACCAUUCCCCACGCUAGUUUCCUCCCGUUUUAUUUUCGUGUUCGCACUUUCUCUCUUUUGAGCAAAAUAUUUGAAUUGUUAAUUUUUUUCGUUGAGUUUCAGCAUUUUUUUGGUUCUUUCAAUCUAGAUGAUAAUUAGUGUUUGAUUAUAGGAGAGUAGAAUAAAGGCUACCAGUGAUCGCGAACACUGGAAUUUCAUCGGCAAUCACUGAGUGCUAUUAUUUACUGGCGUCAACUAUUUCUAUCACAUUCCGCUGGUUUAUUCUCUCAGAGUUGAAUAAAAGAUGACGUUAAAAGGUCGAAAUUGCAUUUGUAAGCAGUUGAAAUCGCGGACAAAUAUUAAAGUCAAAAGUUUUUUUUUUUUUUUUCUGUCAAAGUUUUUGAAGAUCAGUUAAGUGUCAUCGAUCUUUGGUUUUUUGGAGCUUUUUGGUUUCUCCAGUGUCAGUGUUUCAGUCGAAUUUCGAAGUUAAAAGAAUUUUACCUUGCGUGAAACAAAGUUCAAUUUUAACAUCUGUAUACUCCGAAGCCGGAGUUCUGGUUAUUAUCUGGCUAGGAAAGCUGAUUUGUUCAGUGAUACAGGAUCAAUUUUGUCACUGCAGAUCCAGCUCCAACUGAUCAAAGUGAGAAAACGACUGAGGCAGGAAACAGUGAAGAAGUUCCUGAAGCUGCUGAAACAACAGAGAACAGUACUGUACAGUUGACAAGUGAACAGCAACGCACAUAUGCUAAUCUUCAGCCUAUAUUUCUAGCCAUGGAAAUGGGACAAGAUGCAGUACAGGUUAGUCAAGGAGAGGAACAACAUCAAGAAGCUACCGGCUCUACUACUGAGGAGAUAGAACAGCAACAACAGCAGGCAUUUAUUGCCACUUCCAGUGAGCAGUUUACACACUCAAGCCAAGCUGCUAGCAUGCUGCUUAGUAAUGUAGUUACUACCUCAGGCACUGAACCCCCAGCUUCAUUAGCAUCAAUUCUUCAAGAUGUGGUAUCUGGUAUGCAGAGUGGUGCAGGAUCUGUUCCAGCUGCUAUAAUAACAGAUCCUAACUCUGGCAGUGGCUCUUUCCUGAUUGUCAAUCUAAAUGUAGUGCCAAUUGUGCGUCCUGUCCUUGUUUCAAAUCUUCCAGCUGGAGGUGUUGGCCCAGGCGGAGCAGUCAGUGUAUCUGCAGAGACUGUUCAAGUGUUAACUGCAGGUCUUCAUACAGUUGAUGAUGGUUCAGGUGGUGGUCAAGAGACAGUCACAGUAGACGUUGGUGCUACUGAAGCUGAAGGUAGGUUUCUUAAGCAUUUUUUUUGUGACAGAGGGAUUUCUGUAUGACCUUGAAAAAUUGUCAUUUGUUUCAUUACUGAAAAUAUCAAAACAAUGAUUUUUUGCGUACAUUUUGCAUGUCGAUGGAAAAAAGGCAUUGUUCAAUUGUCCAAUUGAUCACUGAGUAUACAGUAUGUAUGGAUUAAUUUCUAGAGUGUAACAUUCAUUUCGCAAUGUAUAAUGAAAGGGUAAAAAACCUUAUUUAAAAAACGCUCAGUUUCAGACAAUAAUAAUGUUUCAGGAGUACCCCCGUCAUCACUUAUGGCAAAUGUUCCAUCCUGAAGGGGCUGGGUUAUCAAUAUAAUUCUCUUCUAUUUUUCUUCUGAUUUCAGUUGGGUUGGCGCGAAAUAUAUUCAGAUUAUAUAUUCAGUGUAGAAUGAGCACUGGGAACUUUUCUUUUCUCCAAAUUUUAUUAUCAAUGUCAAAUCAAUUAAAAGUGGGUAUUUCUCUAAGUUUGUAACUUACAUGUAGGUGCGACUGCUGCAACUGGCAAGUUACCAGUAGAAGCCACGGUUGAUAUUGGUGCUGAUGCUGUUACCAUGGUAGCAGAAGCACAAACUGUGUCUCAAGCAGUUACCCACAGUGGUACAGACUUGGAUGAAGGAGAAGAGGCUGCAGCUGCCUUGCAAAGUAGGAUUAUUAGUGUUACAGCUAGAUGUACAAUGAAAUGGCCAUGCACAUGCUGAGUAGCCUGCGAAUACAGCCGUUUCCUCUUUCUCCUCGCCGCUUGGGACGCUUCGCCAGGAGGAAUGUCGGCGCAUUUAGCGACAAAAAUUUAUACUGAUGACGUUAAAUCUGUCUGGAAUCUGGUCAGGAGCUCUGACUGGUCCACAUAGUAGUUAUAUUGUUCUACCUAUUUUUGGAAACAUACAAAAUGCAAAAGGCCACAAAGGUCAAAUGGGGUGGUAAACGCGAUGAAUCUCCUACAAAAUAGUCAAUAUUCGUGGAAUAUAUUCUUCUUUAAAAAAGGCAUCUGAGUUUUGCUGGAGCUCGUUUGCAGUAGACCAAAAACUUAACCAUUUUCAACCAGGAGAAACAUAAAAUCAAAUAAAUUCACAUUUUGAACCCCAUAACUACCGGUUUUCUUAUGUUAACAUUGAUUUACGUCAUCAGUAUGGAAUUUAUGUCGCUGAGGCAUAGACGCCGUUCCUCCUGAAGAAACGUCCCUAGCGGCGAAGGGCAUGUUGAAACGGAAAGUUGUUUCCAAGCACCUGCUGCUACGCAGGUUAAGUUUAUUCACUCUCUUUUCUCACGAAAAGGUUCUAUUAUUGACUAGCGAACUUCAGAAAAUACCUGCAGAUACACCUUUCCGAUUUCCGACUGCUACCUACUAACGGUAAUCUUUUUAGCUACGGGUCCAACUCGCGGCUUGAAAAUUAUAUGUUCUCACGUCCUAGCCUGCAUAACAGGUGCUUUGUUAGCCAAGCGAGGCGAACGCGGCAUUUUGCGCGAAGCGCGAUACGAGAAGAGGAGAAAAUUAAACGCUACUCACAUCCAGGGUGUAGUGCAGCCAAGCAUUUUACUUGGUCUGACCCUGUGUGACACCCUAAAGUGGAACGAUAACACCAACGAAAUCGUUUCCAAGGCGUCUAAGCGACUGCACAUUCUCAGGGUAUUGAAGCACGCUGGGGUCCCUCCAGUGGACCUUGUCACCAUCUAUAACGCCCUGGUUCGUUCUGUCCUAGAAUACUCUUCUGUUGUCUGGGCUACUUGCCUUCCUCGCUUCCUCAUUGACCAGCUUGAAGCUAUCCAGAAGAGGGCCUGCGAAUCGUAUACCCUGACCUCCACUAUCAACAGGCUCUUACACAAGCCAACAUUACCAGUUUAGAGGAUAGACGCGUCCACCUGUGUCUUAAAGUGUGGCAUAAUAUCAAAAAUAACCCGGAUGGCCAGCUGCAGCGCCUUCUCCCCCCCGUGCGAUCCGAAUGCCACUCUUACCAUCUUAGGAACAGUAGCAGUGCUAGCCGCUUCCAGUAUAGAACAAAACGCUUCGGUUCUAGUUUUUUCCCAGCAAUGGCGAAAAUUAUCUAAUCUUACGAGUCUAGUUACUCUAGCAUUGUCCUUUAUCUAUAUCUGAAUUGUAAAUAACUUAUAAAUAGCCUGUAAUCCCAGUCCCUCUGAAACAAAUGUAAUUUUAUUUUUAGUUGUAACUUAUGUAAGCACAUUGUAAUUCAUAGUUUUUAUGCCACCAUGUGUAUUUUAAUAAACCAUCAUUAUUAUUAUAUUAUUGUUAUUAUACCCUAUCCAUUAGCAAGUACCCUUUAAAUAUAUGAGACUAUACUGACUCAGCCCAGUAUGGCCAGGCCGGAUGUAGCAGUUGGUUUGGGGUAAAAACUGAGCCGAAAUUUAAACUAGGUGUCAUCAGUCAUCUUUUCUCGUUCUACAAACAAAGAAAUAUGUCAACUGAUAAUAAUAAUAAUAAUAAUAAUAAUAAUAAUAAUAAUAAUAAUAAUAAUAAUAAUAAUAAUAAUAAUAAUAACUGAAUGCCAUUAUUUACCCUCGGCAGUAUUUGUAGCACUAAUGCUAGUGGGGCCGAGCAAAUGUCUGAAACAAAUAAUUUAAAUCAAACAUAACAGGGUUAAGAAUCCAAACUGGUCGGAGUUCGAAUCAGUUGGUCAUUUACAAGAGUAGCCGAGGAUUUGAACUCGGGACUACCGUGAACAAAUCCAGCUAGCGGUCAGAGCGGGACUUGAACUCGGAGCCUCCGCACUGCAAGUCCAGCGCUCUAACCACUCGGCCACGCUGCCUCCUCAAAAGGGAAAUAUAAUGAUACACACUUGUCUUGAGUUUAAUAUGUGUAAUGUAUUUGCUUUUUUUAGACAAAAUAAAAAAGUGUAAGGCGAGGAGCGGCAGCAAAUUAAAAUGGUGCAUCGGAUGCAGGUACUGUUCAUAGAGUGGUUUUCGUUUGAGUGUCGUAAAACCAAAACCAAAGUAAUUACUCUGGCCAAUCACAUAGGACACAGACAAUACAUUGAACCAAUCAAAACUCGAAGUAAUUACAUGUGGCUGACGCAAAGCGCGGGAAAAUGCAUGCGAGCGCGUCACAAUUGGCUUUGGUUUUACUUCUGAUUGGAUGAAAAGGUGGCGCGAAUCUUUUAAGCCAAUCGCAUCGUGUAGAAAGUGCAAAACCAAUUACUUUUCGACACUCAAAUGAAAACCGCUCUAAAAAUUCAUGUUUAAUUAAGUUCUUUCUAUCCCUCUUGGUCGACGGCUUGUAGGUGGUGGCCAACGUAUUUCGACUUGAAUUAAGAUUAUAAGGUCAUUUAUUACAUGAUAAACAGAAUGUCAUCUCCGUUUGAAACUCUCUCUUCAAAUCUCAUGUCCAGGAAACCACUAUACCAGCAACUGUGAUUCAAUGAUGUCCCACAUCAGAUUGUUUCUUACUCAGCUAACUUUCCUUUAAUCGCAGAAAGAAAAAAAAAUGCCAGCGAUGGCCUGACAGACCCUGAGUGUAUAGGUGAGUUAUAAACAUGUGUAUAGAUAACAAUUAGUCGCCUGAGGCGACUAAUUGUUUUAGUAUAAUAAUUACAUUGAUGAUUAUUCGAGAAAAUAAAACUAUUGAUCAAUUUCCAACUCCUAAACAUCAACAAAUCUGGCUGCCAUUUUGAAAACUGCUGGUCUUUAAUGUUAUAAUCACCGCGCGGUGCUUAUAGCGGGAUUAAGCGAAGCUCCUAGCCAAUCAUAGCGCUCUAUUUUCGAUGAUCAUCAAUGCAAUUAUACUAAAGGUGUAUAGUAGAGGGCAUAGGUGUGUACUUAACAAUUUAUUCCACGAGUGCGCGUUGGAUAUGAGAUGGUACAUAGCCAACGAGGCGCGUAUAACCAUUUCAUAUCAAACAAGUGCGAUUGGAAUAAUUGUUUUAUUUAAAAGGCCUAUGAAAUAUCGAGAAUUCUUCCCGACUUUAUUUGUAAAGAUAACCAAUUUCACCUUGUUUUCAAUUUGAGCAGACGCGUACAUUUACCAUAUUUAAUUUGGAGAGCAUGGUAGAAUGGCUCACAUACCAUGAUGGUUAAGCCAAUCAGAGCUCUGGAAUUGCAUUAUCCAAUGGUUCAGUUUUUAAUAAAGAUAUUUAUCCUAUACCAUAGAGAAUACAGCCAAUCAGAGAGCUAGAAACCCGUUUUUCACGAACAAAUCCCGCUGAUACUUGUGACCUCCACAUUUUCACGCCGAAAAUAGAACCGGUAGCAAAACUGUUCUUUGUAACAAAACUUCCAGAAGCAGAACACCCGAGUUUUAAAUACCAUUCGGAGUUUUAAGUCAAAGGUGAAAGAGUAGUACAAUACCAAACCAAAUAGACUAAAACGGACAAAGGAGUUAAGGAAUUUUAACCGAGAGAAACUGGGAAAAUAAACCUAUUAAGAAGUGUAGCGAAGACCAAGAUUGAUCCAAAUUUCAAACAACAAGCCUUACUAAAUCCCUUCAGAAACUUUUCACAGCUCUCUUGCCAUCUUCUUGAGGAUGGGAGUAAAGUAAACAGAGGUGAAUGCGAACUUAAUCAUUGUCAAGCUGUUGAUCAUUCGGGUAGUGUAUGUAGUAUUAGAAGUGACUUUUUUCGAGUUCUACUGUGAUGUCUAGCGAGGUUUCUUUAUUUUACGUAAUGUUGCAUGGGAUAAAUCAGUUAUGCAAUGCUUUCUGGUGGUAUACUCUGAAUAUUCAACUCGUGAUUUAAUUUUUCUUUGUAUACACAUUCGCCUAAAGGCUCGUGUGUAUACUUAGCAAAAUCAAGUCACUCGUGGGAUACUCCACAGUAUACCACUUGAAAGCAUACUAUUGCAUCAGACUAGUAUGUAUAGCAUUACAGGUGUAUAAGCUUAAUUUACAGUGUACUGAUUAAAUAGUUGUCUAUAGAAUUGGUGUUUAAGUGAAAGUGAAAUUCCAGUGGCGGAUCCGGGGGAGGAGCCCGGGAGGGCCGAGGCCCCCUUAUUUUUGGACCAAACUAAGGCCCGAAGAGCCGAAAUAAAAUUUAUGGAGACCGCCGUCUCCCCCCCUCCCCUCUUAUCUAAGGGUCUGGAUGACCGAGCCCCCCUUAUCUCAAGGUCUGGAUCCGACACUAAAUUCUUAUAGUGGGCACAAGUCCUUUACAAAGCCAAACGAAAAACCCCAGCCUGAAGGUCAAUAUUAUAGGGGAACUCAUGCAAAAAUGGACUUUUUAAGGGGGGGAGGGUACUCACCUAUACAUGUGUAAUGACCGAACUUUAUCAUUCUCACUGUAUUUUACCAUUUUUGUCAUUGGUAUAUUCUUAGCGAUGAUGAAAUGAUAUUAGCCUGUGUACAGACCCCUCCCGGCUCUCUUAGUAAUGAGGGGAAGGGGGUCUGUACACAGGCUAACAUGAUUUACACCUGUGUAAACUUGUACGUCGUUUCAAUUACCCCCCGGCAAUACCCCUGUCAUGGAUUCUAGAGGCCAGGUAUAAAUAUGGGUGUGGAAAAUAGCAUCUUGGUAAGGCUCAGGAAUUGGAGAAUCAGGAGGCGUACACCUAGCCUGCGAAAACAUCCGCUUCUCCUCGCUCUUCGCCGAUGGGGACGUUUCGGGCGGAGGAGCUCCUCGCGAAACGUCCCCGGCGGGGAAGAACAAGGAGGAACGGAUGUUUUCGCAGGCUAGCGUACAUCUCCACCAAGAAUUUCUAAGAGUAGCCUCACCCCCCACCGCCGCCUCUCCUCCCCCCCAAAAGAAUAAAAAUUACAAUUAAAAAAGGUGUAUAACCCCUAAACCCUAGCCUGAACUUCAUCCGACUGCUGCGAGUCGUUUUCUCCUCUCAGCAACGUCUGUUACUGAGGGAGUAAUAUAACGAGUCGAAGUAAUCGAAUGAAAUUCAGGCUACUUAAACCCACGUUUUAUGCUAUUUAGCACUCUUUUGAUCUCAUAUCUCCUGACUUUACCUAUAACUAAUUAGCACACCUAGCUCGUACUUAAUACUGACGGAAAAACCCAACUGAAGAGAGAAGGCUGGGAAUGGUUGUGACGUCAGUGUUCUAUGAGGCUUGGCUACAAAGUAAUACAAGCGGGAGUUCGAGCGAGGAUCGCGAGACCAAACUACCGGCGGCGUUCCUAAAUACAAUACAAUACUAAAUAAUGAAUGACAAUUGUUAAUGCAAUGUAAUGUAGUUUUUAUUAAUUUCUUCAAACUCGUUGGUAGAUUUUGGCAAUUUUUAUCAGCAUGAUCAACGUUAGCUACAUCACUGAUGUUUUGUACGGAGGAGUAGACUUUAGUUUGCCGGGAAAUGGAGGAUGGGAGUGCGUGGAGUUCUUGACUUCAAAGCAACGAUUAAUCGAAACAGUGGUAUACGAAACUUUCACCCUUUUUGUUUUCUGGAAAAUGCUUGGACGUGUUUCUAUCCCAAGAGAAUUGCCCGCUUAUAGGGAAGGCACUGGAGUUGGAAAACGACUUCUCUUGGUCUUGCUGUGCUUAAUUUUUGGGAUCGAAAUCGGUUUCAAGUUCGCCACCAAGCAAGUCAUAUUUCUUCUCAAUCCUUGCCAUGUCGUUACGGCUAUUCAGGUAAGCUUAAUUUCCAAAUUUUUUUCAAAGUUGAGUAUGAGCUUUAACUUACAUCUCCGGCCCUUGAAAAGAACGUUUGAUCGCUCGACAAACGAUCGCGCGACACGAGUGUCAACUGAAAUCACCUUUUAGCUGUUAUUCUUGAAUGGGCUAAUAUUGCAUUUUCAUUUCCUUAUACUCCCGGUUGAGGACUUACCUUUCCGUCUUAUCCCUGAAGACUUCCAUAAAAUGUGGGUCUACCCCUUAAGAGUAUAGGUCCUACCCCUGAAGAAUAUGGGUCUACUCCUGAAUAAUUUCGUGAAGAAUUCUAAAUGUUUAUACUCUACCCUAAAGAAAUCCUCCAUUUUUCCGAGCGAAGCGAGGGCUCAAAAUCACGAAAACGAUUUAAAAUCUUGUCGCGCGCGAGGCGUGUUGACCCAUGUGGUCUUAGCUGCGUGCGAACUUGGCUUGCCCAUCUAUAUAUAUUUGUUUGUUUGAAUAUAUAUAUCACUCAUUUCGGGAUUGUAUCAGCAUCCAGUGUGACAUCAUGCACCAUAUGUAGUUCCUGUUCAUGGUUCUCCUUGUGUUUCAUUCAAGUUUUAUUUAUCGUCUGUUAAAGAAAUUUUUAUACUAUCGGUAAACCACAAGCAAAUUCCUUCAAUGCAAAUGACCCACAAAAGCAAACACAGUGACUCUGGAUUCAAAAAGUGAAUACAAAUCCUCACUAGGGAGAACUUCUCUGGAGCAACAUCAGAUCACGAAAUGAAAUUUAGCGCGAGCAACGAAGAAGACAACAACAAGAACAGAAACAAGAAACCAAGAUCUCUUUGCCCUGCGAAGAAGCCAUCAACAACAGACUGGGGAGACCAGGGGAGAGGCUACAGCGACUACAGACAUAUAAAGAAAGCUGUUUUUGCGGUAUUUUUUCGCUGCCUCUAUAUUCAAUUCAAUUCGAUAAUUGGAUUAAAUUAAUGCAGAGGGACAAAAUACAAUGCAAACAAAGUCCAGGAAGAGAAGAAACUGCAGAUGCUUCGUGAAAAUGCUGCCAAUACACAAUGGAUCCGCAAUGAAAGUGAUGGAUCAGUUGAGGUAGUGCAUUCCUGGAAGUUGGUGGUUGAAAAUUAGCUUAUAUGUUCUUCGAUGCAAUGAUAGGCAGUAAGAAUUACACAAUCUGUAAAAUGCAUGUGAGCGAUAUGUUUCCAAUGGACUGAGCUAAGAACAGCCUAUCACCCAUAACACCAUGAGUAACAACAGGUUCAGAGUGAUCGGAGAUGGUAAAAUUUCACUGUAAGCUUAGUAUGUAUGAACAAUCUAGAACAUAAUGUGUGACAUGUAAGUACACUGUAGAGAAACGUUACAUUUGUGAACAAAGUCCUUUUUUAUUUGCAAUUUAAGUUCAUAACCUUUAAAUUUGUCCCAGUAACCAUCCCAUAUAAAAUAUUAUAAUAUUUUGCAGCCUGGGACAUAAACACGGCUGUGUCUUUUAAGUGAAACAUAACAAAAAUUAAGUAUUGCUUACCUCCAUUUCGAUUCUAUUAUACAAAAAGAACAUCUGCAUUUCAGAACUCCUGAGAAUAUUAGUGUAUGACAUGGUUGUCAUACUACUUCAUUGUUUGCUGAUUUUUUAAAAUUUGUCACAGAAGUUAAACAUGUUCAAUUGGCGGAAUUUUUUUCAAGAAUUGGAAAUUAAACAGCGAGCAGAUAUAGGGUUAAUGUUUCCUGUAAAACAAAUCCAUUCUUCUUUUACUAGUGGGAUAAAUAAUCAUGUAGUAUUCAUGUAAUGAACUGCAUCCUCAAUGAUAUUUCUUCAUGUAAUUUCUAUUUCAGUGAUUUUUUUUUUCCACCUUACUGUGUGUACAAACAAUAGUUGUCAAGUAUGAUUAUGUAAAAAAGCAAGUGCAAAAGCUCUCAUUGCUGUAGUCCACUAACAAUAAAAUAAAUCACUUGUUGUUUUCACUUCAGCAUUAUUCCUGCCACUUUAUCUCAUUAAUUUGAUACCCAUGCAGUAUUGAAAACAACUAUAUCUGCAUUUGAGGGCUAUAGCAUAUACCACAACUGACACUCUUCACACAUUAUUUUAGUAUUAUUACAAUGUUAUUAUAGGAGAUGACACAAGUUAGCUGUUAUUAAGCAAAUGCCACCACAUAUUAGCCUGCAGUCAUCCACUGUCAUACCCUUUUUUGUAAAGAGCUUCCUUGGCUGGUGUUCUGGCCGGGGUUUGNUAACAAAAAUUAAGUAUUGCUUACCUCCAUUUCGAUUCUAUUAUACAAAAAGAACAUCUGCAUUUCAGAACUCCUGAGAAUAUUAGUGUAUGACAUGGUUGUCAUACUACUUCAUUGUUUGCUGAUUUUUUAAAAUUUGUCACAGAAGUUAAACAUGUUCAAUUGGCGGAAUUUUUUUCAAGAAUUGGAAAUUAAACAGCGAGCAGAUAUAGGGUUAAUGUUUCCUGUAAAACAAAUCCAUUCUUCUUUUACUAGUGGGAUAAAUAAUCAUGUAGUAUUCAUGUAAUGAACUGCAUCCUCAAUGAUAUUUCUUCAUGUAAUUUCUAUUUCAGUGAUUUUUUUUUUCCACCUUACUGUGUGUACAAACAAUAGUUGUCAAGUAUGAUUAUGUAAAAAAGCAAGUGCAAAAGCUCUCAUUGCUGUAGUCCACUAACAAUAAAAUAAAUCACUUGUUGUUUUCACUUCAGCAUUAUUCCUGCCACUUUAUCUCAUUAAUUUGAUACCCAUGCAGUAUUGAAAACAACUAUAUCUGCAUUUGAGGGCUAUAGCAUAUACCACAACUGACACUCUUCACACAUUAUUUUAGUAUUAUUACAAUGUUAUUAUAGGAGAUGACACAAGUUAGCUGUUAUUAAGCAAAUGCCACCACAUAUUAGCCUGCAGUCAUCCACUGUCAUACCCUUUUUUGUAAAGAGCUUCCUUGGCUGGUGUUCUGGCCGGGGUUUGAACUCACAGCCUCUAGGGCUGGGUUGUUCAAAGCUGGGUUAAGAUAACCCAGAGUUAGUGCAAAAUUUGAAUUCAGAUUUGAAAGAUUAAAAAGUAAAUUCAGUUUAAUUCUUUUUGUCUACAAGUUGAUGACUGGAAGCUCUAAAAAUAACAGAGAAAAUUAUUGGAGAAAAUGCUUUUGAAAACAAGAAAAAGAAACCAGGGUUAAAUUUAACCCCUGGUUAAGUGCUAAUCGGCCUUCGAACAACUGGGACCAGCUCAGCAGACCAGCAUGAAAAGGAGAGCUUGUAACAAGGUCUCAGGAAUUUGAAUAGUCAAGUUUUGAGUUUGUGCUGACUACUGAAUAAAAUCCGUGAAGAUGCAUUUUUCUCUAUAUUCUCUAUAGUCUCUAUAUUCACAUAUAAUUCCAGUGAGAAGAGCACCUAUGUAAAAUGCUGUAUAUUCAGGGCUGUGCUCGGCCUCAUGGGCCAUUGACUAAGAGCCCGUUUGAGCUCGACGAAUAAUUGUUAAGUAUAUAUUUUUACAAUAUUUAGUCAUAAAUACUGAUAUACCUCCAAAGUGAAACGAAUCAUGCUUGACUGGUAUUCAUGGAAAUUCAUACCGUGCAGCAUAUCUGGAUAGAAUGAAACCUAGUUAACACAUGGCAAAUUUAAGUGUCAAUGAUGGUUAGCUUCUAUUAUUGAGGAAUACUCUGUACUCCCAGGUAGAGUAAAAUGUAUGGAUCAUGAAUGCCAUAUAUAAACCCAUUUUAUAACAAUGAUGAAUCAAAUUUGUUUCUCUUCAUGGCACUUGGUUAUUGUCUGUAUGAGGUGUAUGUAUCAUAUAGUGCCUCCAUUAAAGAGGUCUAACUAAGGUAAUUAAAUUCUGCAUAUUAAUGAUAUGUGAUUGAAAAAUCAACAUAAGUCAGAUAAAUUUAUUAAUGCAAUUUUGAGCAAAGUUUUGAAAGUCUGUUUUGUAUUUUGUAUUUUUUUUUGGCAGAUUUAUUUGUUAGCAGUUCCUCCAAGUAAACGUGUUUUGUGUGUAUUUAGGUAAGGACACUGUUUAAUGGAUGUUAAGGCAUCAUUACUACUACUACAACUCCUACAACCAGGAGUCAAUUUAAUAAAACUUUUACAGCUGUAAUUUACAAGUGUAGCUAUUGUUCUCAGACUCUAAAACAAUGGCUAUAUUUGUAAAUUACAUGUUUGAAAGUUUUAUUAAAUUGAGCCCUGGAUUCUUCAGGGUUUUGCUCUCUUUUGCAAAUUAGGGCUUUUNUAUGUAUCAUAUAGUGCCUCCAUUAAAGAGAUCUAACUAAGGUAAUUAAAUUCUGCAUAUUAAUGAUAUGUGAUUGAAAAAUCAACAUAAGUCAGAUAAAUUUAUUAAUGCAAUUUUGAGCAAAGUUUUGAAAGUCUGUUUUGUAUUUUGUAUUUUUUUUUGGCAGAUUUAUUUGUUAGCAGUUCCUCCAAGUAAACGUGUUUUGUGUGUAUUUAGGUAAGGACACUGUUUAAUGGAUGUUAAGGCAUCAUUACUACUACUACAACUCCUACAACCAGGAGUCAAUUUAAUAAAACUUUUACAGCUGUAAUUUACAAGUGUAGCUAUUGUUCUCAGACUCUAAAACAAUGGCUAUAUUUGUAAAUUACAUGUUUGAAAGUUUUAUUAAAUUGAGCCCUGGGUUCUUCAGGGUUUUGCUCUCUUUUGCAAAUUAGGGCUUUUGACUUUUGUUGGUUAAACCUCACUGUAAUUUAUACCAGAUUUAAAUAUAUAAGAAAAAACAAAAUGAAUUCCGGUAUAGUAACAAGAGUAACAAGAUGUAAUUGUGCAAGUGGCCUAUUACUGUAAUGCUGUACUUCAAAGCCAAUCUUGGUUUUAGGGUCACACAUUGUUCCAUCCCACUCUUGCAUUAUGGGGAAAAUGGAGAUCUUUAAGUAGCUUUCAUUUGAAUUGUCACAUUGAAGGAUUUCACGCACAGACCCAUAAGUUAAAACAAGUGCCCUGUGCACUGAUCCUACAAAAUGUGAUACCACAGGAGAGUACUGCUCAGUAGCUUUGUUUUUAAUUGUUGAUUCUUUACUAUUUCCUCGUUGCUCUCAAACUAAACAGUGCAAAGGUACUGAUCAGCAGCUUUCAUUUGAAUAGUCAUGCCCUCAAACUCAAUAUGAAAAAGAGGAAAGGAAUGCUAUUGUAGCUGCAAAUGAACUGGCGUACACUACUUUAAUAUAUUUGAAGCCCUCUAUAUUUCACCGCAGGACACUUUGUUGCAGAAAACCACAUCUCGAUAAACAAGUUCUGAAAAUUUCAAUAAAAGACAUUAACCCCUAUGUCGAGGACCAAAGAAAGCAAAGGCUAACGCAGGAAAGUCAGUUAACAGCUAAUCCAAAAUUGGCAAACCUUAUCAGUGUAAUCUCCAGGUGUACAUGAAAAUGACGCAACAGUUUAUGCAAUACGAAAUGUGAAAUCUAUAGGCUUGGCGCUUAUACUAUCCGCACACCCACGUGGGAAUAACAUACCAUGCUAAAUUAGCAUAAUACGCUAACAGCUCUGAACCUUAAAUUUGACAUUACAGUAAUAUUUUGGGAUUUUCUUCCACAAACUUAAAUUUGGUAUCACCUCUUACACCAUAAGAAUCAUCAUCACAAGGAUGCCAAGAUAGUCAUGGUUAAUAACCUUUGCACUUAUUGUUGUGAGAUUUCUUACCAGAUUUUAUCAUCUAUGUUUUUGCCAAUAUGGUGCAUUAACUUAAUGGUACUUUCAUUUGCAGAGUUCAUAAUUAUUUACUUUUUGGUGCACUUCAGGCCAUCAUAUUCCCAGUAGUAAACACUAGACUGGUAAGUCAAAAAAUGCAGUGGUUUCCAUCAAACCUGUCCUCACAGACGUCUUUGUAUAAUACAUUGCAGGGUCCUAAACUUCUUAUUGUCUGUUCCCUAUUGCUAUAUUAAUAAUUAUCAAUUUUAGGACACCUUAAUAAUGAAGCCAGCUGGGUCUAUGCCUUUGUGGUCUGUGUCAAUUUUUUUAGUUUAGUUUUUUUUUGUUUUUAGUUUAGUUUUUUCUCUAGACCCUUUCUGUUCAAGUGAAUUUGUUCAAUUCCAGUUUAAGGGUUAAGACUGAUGAUUUCACAAGCAAUACAGGGGACGUAGAUCCUCAAGGGUGGAUAAGGGCAGUUCAGAGUUUUGAAAAAUUACACUAAUAAACUAUUAUUAAAUCAUAAUAUAAAAUUAUUUUUUAAAUUUUAUUCUUUAUGCAAAGUUCUGUUUUUUCUUUGGUUUUCAGUUACCAUUUGAAGUUGUGACAUACUGGCUACAGCAUAUCCUUAUUGUACUUGUUGUGCCAUUUUUUCUAAUAACAUGCCAAGGUUAGUAAUCUGUAUUAUUAUUCAUUCAAAAUACUUUGCCGUUUUGGCUUGGCUCCAAUCUCCUGGCUAAUUCUAGAUAUUAAUCAACUAGCUCUCAUGCUAUUCAAUGGUAUAUUGCCUAAUAACCCAUCAAUCAACCUGGUUUCCUGGCAGAGGUGCAGGAGCCUUGGUGAACUAAAAAAAAAAAUUGGUGUUCACAGCUCUCCAAAGACAACAUGGCCUAAUAGACCAUUUUUGAUACACUAAAAUUCAUACUUGGCUACAAGGUGUAGGGGAAUAAAACAAAGAAAUGUGUUUUUCAUAGUUGAGCCCCAAGAUGAUUUCUUUUGUCUUAUUCCCCCAAGCCUCACCACCAAGUAUGAAUUUUAACAUAAUUUAUCCGAAUUGGUCUAUUAGUUCAACUAAAACUAAAUGAAAGAAUGUACUAUCACAAAAUGUGUGUGUAUUUAUUGCUCAAUGGAUGUCAUCUACUUUUAAUUAUAAGGAGUAUCUACAAGAAAAAAACAUCUGUUUAUAAUUUUAUCUUGAAACAGUGCCGAGAAACAGGUUUAAGGGGUGUCUACAGAUAGGUUAGAUUGUUAAGAACUUGGAAAUGCUUUGAAAGAUAAUAAAACCAUUGUUGUCUUCAGCUUUUGAACUAUGGGAAGAAUAAUGUGGAUAAUUAUUCUUCACAUCAUACUCAGCCACUUUCAAUAAUAUUGGUAAUGAUAAUUUGUCCUGCUAUUAGCCAUGAGAGUUUUUAAUACCUCCCUAAAAGUGAUGCCUUAUUAUUAAAUUUUAGUAUUUUAUUAUUAAUUACCAGAAAGGAACAUCACCCUUAAGCUAGUGGGUAUUACAAAGAUUCCCUCUGGAACAAUUCCAUUCAAGCAGAUUCACUGAAGACUUUUUUUUGAGUUAUGCCUACUCUAGCUUCUAAAUUUUAUUUUAUAUCAUUCCUUUUAAUACAGGGCCAUUUACUUUAGAACCUGUGUGGGAUUUCACCUGGGCAACUUUGACGUUCACCUUGUUUUCAUUCUACAUGCUUUUGUUUCUUCAGCCUUUGGGAAUGGUAAUAAUAACGUUAUUUUUAUAUUAUUGUACUGUCUUAAACAUAAACAGUAAAUACAAAUUUAACACUUAAGUGGAAAAAUUUCAUAAUUACUUACUGCUGAGAACUUUGUCUUUUAGGAAUUUAGGAAUUGAUCUUUUAAAGUACUCCUUUUUUGUAGCCAAAAUGACACCUUCUCACCUUGUGAGCAAUUCAUUUUGUAUCAAAAAUUUCUGCAUAAACAAAACAACUUUCUUUAAUGUACCAAAAAUGUUUUGAUGGUCCAUCGUCAUCUUCAGUGUCACAUAGUGUGAAAUUGCCAUUGAAUUUUCAGGGUGUGCAUUGUAACAAAGUUUGUUACAUUGCAUUGACAUUAUUGCCUACUUAAAAGUUUAUAUUAACGACGUUAAAAGACUUACAGGGACAGAUGUCGGCAUCUUCAGUGUUACAUUUUGUGAAAUUGCCAUUAAAUUUUAAAGCGCACACAAUGUUACAAAGUUUGUUAUAUUGUGUUGUCAAUAUUCCGUACACUUACAAAGUUUAUAUAAGUGACAUUGAGGGACUUACAGGGAGAGAUGUACUGUCAAAACAUGUUACAUAUCUAUAUCUGAGGUUUGUUUUUCUUUUACAGAUCCUUCACGUGAACCUCAAUAACACGAUGUGCCCUGCACUCAGUGAUCCAUUCAGUGGACCAUAUUACAGAAUUAUUGCCUGUUGUCAUCAACCAGCUAUGAUGUUUCUUAUUGGAAAGGUUUUUUGUAUCAUUGGACAUGAGUUUGUUGCCCUUCUGUACAGAACACAGCCAGAAAAGUUAGAGUAGAUAGAGUAUUAAGAUUAAUUUUUUAUUACGAGAAUACUCAGAGCGGUGAUUAGCCUUGCCAUAAAAUAAUAUUAUUCCAUUCUAGGAUUUGUUUAAUGUGUAAGAGCCUCAAGUAAUAAAUUAUAUCUUGCACUGAAGAUUUCACAAGGCUAAACAGAUAAAAAGGGGAAACAGCAGAAACUUAACUUAUAUUUACACUCAGGCAAGCUGAAGUGAAUUCUUGUAUAUAUUCAUGUAACAAGUAUUACAGAAAUCAUAACUUAUAAUCUUUUAGAUGUAAUUUCCUUUCUUUUUUUGAUGGGAGAAGCAGUCUCAAAACUGCUAAAAAUAUGCACUUCUAGAAAUUUCUUUCCCUUUCCAUUUUAAGGAAGCAUGUUAUGUAGAUUGUUUUAGAUACAUGUGGAUAGAAUUCUGAAAAUGGGCCCCUUAUGUCACUUCCCCCUUUAGAAUCUUAAAAACGGCCUUUCAAAAAGGAAAGCUUCGGCAUGUUUUAAAUUCUUUUUCUCAUUAUAUAAAGAAUAGCAUUAAUAAUUAUUGAUACUUCAGACCAAAAUGUCCAGCUGUAGUAAGAUGAAAGUGCAAUUCAUGUGUGAAAGUUAGCUUGCUGCUCCUGUUUCGAUGGUGUAGUGUAAUGACAGCCAUAGUGUUUCUG